CAGUCAUAGUUCUGUGCUCGACGAUCGGAACCUUUCACCGGGAACUUAACAGGUUCAGGAAGCGUAUAAUCGCAGGAGUUUCGCCGACGUUUGUUGUCGUCGGCCUCUCUUUCGCUGUCAGAUAGUGAACGUUUCACAGCGUUUAGGGCGAAGUUGCGCGUCCGGCGGAUGAAUGGCAAUGACGGCGGUGAGAGCGGCGGCCUCGGCAGCGGGAGGCCCGGCGUCUUUGUCCCGCUUCAGGGGAGCGCUGGUGGCGGCUGCGCUGGGAGACUGCGUCGGUGGAGAGUUUGAAGGAGCGGAGGAGGUUCCCAUGGAGAGCGUGCUGCAGCACCUGAGCGGCCUGGAGGACGAAUCUAAAGGAACCUGCAUCCUUGAAUACAGCGACGACACGGCGAUGACGCGGUGCGUGGUCCAGUCUCUUCUGAACCGCUCUGGAUUUGACGAGCAGGACUUGGCCCGCAGGUUUGCGAAGGAGUACAGUGCCUCCCCAGGCCGUGGUUAUGGUUCUGGAGUGAUCCAGGUGUUGAAGAAACUCGCCUCCCCCCAGCUCGCCGACGUGUUCCAACCAGCGAGGGAUCAGUUCAACGGCCGAGGCUCGUUUGGAAACGGCGGGGCAAUGAGAGCGGCUCCCUUCGCGUUGGCUUUUCCAGAUUUGGCUGAUGUUAAACGGUUUGCCCGUCGUGGUGCCAUGCUGACACACUCCUGCUCCCUGGGUUACAACGGGGCUGUCCUGCAAGCGAUGGCUGUUCACCUUUCCCUGCAGGGGGCGCUAAACCUGCCUCAGCAGUUCAUCAGCAGGUUGAUCACAGAAAUGGAAGAGGUGGAGAGCGAGCAGGAGGCGCGUCGCGAUGCCAGAAUUCUAAAAGAAGCAGAAAAGCCGUUCUGCGAGCGUCUCCACAAAGUCAGAGACCUGAUGGACAGAAGUAAAGUCAGCAUAGAGGAAGUUAUCUCUGAACUGGGAAACGGCAUUGCAGCACUACACUCUGUCCCCACGGCCAUCUUCUGCGUCCUUCACUGCCUUCAGCCACGAGAGUACCUGCCAGAGAGCUACGGCGGCCUGGAGAGGACACUUGCAUACAGUUUGGCCCUGGGUGGGGACACAGACACCAUAGCCUGCAUGGCCGGGGCCAUCGCCGGGGCCCACUAUGGCAUCGAGGCUGUUCCUCAGUCCUGGAUGAGGUGCUGUGAGGGCGCGGAGGACGCCGACGUGAACGCGGAACGUCUUCACGCGCUUUACCACCAGACGUCACAAGGGGGCAGCAGUGAGACGGAGCGAGAGAGCCGCGAGGACAAAUCAAACGGAACAGAGAAGAAGGGCAGAGCGGACUGAAGUCAUAAAAAAGACAGUUUCACUGUGUUUGGAUCCAGAACUGUGAAGUCGGUGUCGAAAAAACUAUCCACUAAUUGUUGUCACGUUACUGAACAUAAAAGCUGAGCAAGGUCAAAAGGAAGCUGGAAGUGCUUACUGUAAACUCACCUGUCUUGUGAUGAAUUUGACUAUUUUAUUUCACUACAAAUGGCCAUAUAAGUUUUUUUUCUCUCUCCCCAUUUUAGGUGGUUAUUAAACAUUUUUAAAAUCCA